UACAAGGCAAUGUGAACAAUGAUUCUCUGUCCAACGUCCAAAUAUUCACGGAAGAGUUGUAGAGGUGAUUGGCUCCCCGUAUUACCUAUCUGACUAUCUCAACCCCGCCAAGGCUUACGGGUACAACACCAUUUCUAUUUCCUUGUUCUUCUCGAAGGUUACUUCAUUUUACGAACUUCAUCUUGGACUCUACUAUUAAUGAGACAUUGGUUACCAGUGAAGUCAUCCUAACCUUACGCCAAUCCUUGCGACAAAUUCGAGACUGAGGUUAACCGAAAGCCAUCGACCAUGGAUGCAAGCUGUCAGUGUGGUGCCGUGACUUUCAAGACACCUCUCCGGCACCCUCUCGCCCUUUAUAUCUGCCACUGCGCCGAAUGUCGGCGGCAGACGAGCUCGGCCUUUGGGGCAUCGGCCAUCUUUCCUCGGUUUCCUUUGCCUAGUGAGGCGCUUCUGAGCUGCUACAAGAGACCAAACCCCAAUGGUGAAUUUCUAGAAUGUUAUUUCUGCAAGCAAUGCGGGACUCGACUCAUUCAUUCCACGGCUGGUAAGAACUUCGUCUCCGUCAAAGGCGGAUGCAUCGAGGGACUGGACUGGUCUAAGGCAAUCCACAUCUGGACCAAGAGUGCCAUGGUGCCCAUACCGGAAAACGCAACGAGUUCGGAAGAGGAAUGUUCCGUGUUUGAUGCGUUCAGUUCGUCGCAGGAAACGCUGGAUCAGCCAGAUAUUGUAUGUGGGACCACAGGAGAAAGGUUCUCAAGCAAAUACAAUGGGUAACAGGGCAUCUUGGGACACUGUAAUGGUAAAGUUAGAAGUAAUUUGAAUGAGCGGUUGAGACUCGAGAAAGCCUUUGGAGAAAACGAGGCAUCGGGAAAGCAAU